AUGCCGGUCUCCUUCACUUCUCCAUCUCCUUCUAUUUCCCUAUGGACUUCCACUCCUUUCCCGUAUCGUCAGUGGCGCCAAAAUGAACCUGCGGGUUCACUAGGGCCGUCAGCAGCUGAUGUAACCUGCUCGGCACUUCCUAGUUCAUCAUCCCGAGUAGCCGGUCGUGAGCAAACUGUUCUGCAUCAGCAGCCAUUGUCUCCCACAGCGGGCCUCGUGGAUCCAAACACGUGCAGUCGAGAGCGGGACACUACCGAUCGGCCUUCGGGGUCUCCAGCCGACAGCCGUCACCUCGAGACUGCAGAGGCCGGGGAGGAACUCCACCUGGAGGCACCGAACACUGAUGCGAGUGACGAAACAGAGACACCACCAGAAGGGGACCUGUCGGGGCGUCGUCGCAGUGAAUGGGAAACACUGAGCGUCUCCCGACAUAUCAGUCCCACGCAAAUCCAAUUUUCUCCAAGACAAGAACGUAGCGGCUCACCGCCUUCGCUGGAGGGCCACACGUCAAAUGAGGGCGCGUGUGCUCCGCGUCACACGCUUGACAUUGUUCUCCCGUCCGUUGCCGUCAACCACGAAGCUCCCGGUCCUUGCUCAGUCGACGAGCAAAACACGGUAGUACGACGGAACCUCCAAACUCUAGAAAGUGCACCGAGGUAUUCGUCACUGAUUGUGCCUCAUGCCAGGCCUUUCCCCACGGCGUGGUCUCCCGUCUCGGACUCCCAUGCUGCCAUCAUGAUAGGAUCGGGGCGUCACAGCCCGGAAGCUGUCACCGCUGACAGGCAUGCAGCAUCACUAACUGGUCAUCGUACAACCACGAUAGCCCCAGUAGGACUCUCUGGUCGUUCUGUGGAAGCUGCAGGGAUUCGUGGUGCGAUAGAGAUCAGGGGGGACCACACCACCAGGGAACAUCAGCCGUUGGUGGGAACGUCUCGACGGCGACUGCAGGAGGCUCAUAACCUGAGCACGAGACAUGACGAGUUGCGUGGCGCUCUCCAUGGCUCACCAGGUGGAGUGCGUGAUGGAAGAUUUGUGUCUGUAAGGCAGACGCUGGAGACUACGGUUCUUCCCGUGGUUGCGGGAGCGCUGGCACUCCGGGAAUUUUCACCCCCCACCCUCCAUGCAUCGGCUGAAGGGACAACUGCUGAGCCAUCAAGAACUCGUCGAGUAAAUGGAUCUGAAUCUACCUCCCGAACGGUUUUGCUUUCUCCACAGCAAGGCGCGACUUCCUCGUUGUCGAGCGUCAGACGAGAGGCGAUCGGGAACUCGGCUACACAAGAAAGGGCGACUGAGGACGGGCAGUGGUGCACACGCAAUUGCAUGUUUCCCUCCGUCGGCCCAUCGAUGACGGGACGCGAUCUGUUUUUGUUGGAGAUGUGGCUAGCACCUGAGCUGUGCCGGGAUCUGCAGCCGCCGUCGACGCUCGGCGAGCUGCGAAGGCAGCUGCUGAACUUGUGGGAAGAGAAAUUGACGGCGGAGCAGCGGGAGGUAUACAAUGAAGUGAUCGUCCGGCGAUAUACCGAAGAGAGGCAAGGUGUAGAGGAGUGGAAAUUUGAGAAUGCCCCUCCAUGGUGGAAGAAAGGGUCUUAA